AUGAAGCCAGCAGACAAACUCUGCAUAUUAAUGUUUGACGAAAUGUCACUAAAAGCUGACAUUACAUACAAUGAAAGAAAAAAUUUGGUGAUAGGUGUUGUUAAUAAUGGACGCGAGACAAAACCUAAAUUUGCAGACCAUGCCCAGGUGGCCACUAAAGGCCCAGAGCUGGCUUUGCAAAUUAAAACAAUAAUAGAAAACUUGCAAGAAACUGGCUCCAAUGUAGUAGCUACAGUAUGUGACCGAGGCACUAAUAACAGAAAUGCCUUAAGUUUUCUCCUAAAUGAAACCAGUGUACAUAUGCUUAGAAAUGGACAAAAAGACAGAGAAGACACGAAAUUAAUAAUAAUUAAUGACAAGAAAAUUGUUCCACUAUAUGAUCACCCACAUUUGUUAAAAGCUAUACGAAAUAAUCUUUUAGAGAAGAAUUGA